CGUGGGGACACAGAGCUGGUGGGAUCACGCCAUGGCCUGGGCCCCUCUCCUCCUCGCGGUGCUCGCCCACAGCUCAGGUUCCCUGGUCCAGGCAGCGCUGACUCAGACGCCGCCCUCGCUGUCAGCCAACCCGGGAGACACCGUCCGCAUCUCCUGCUCUGGGAGCAGCUACAGCUAUGGCUGGUACCAGCAGAAGGUGCCUGGCACUGCCCCUGUCACUGUCAUCUACUACGAUGACAUCAGACCCUCGGACAUCCCUUCGCGAUUCUCCGGCUCCACGUCCGGCUCCACGGGCACGUUAACCAUCACUGGGGUCCAAGCCGAGGACGAGGCUGUCUAUUACUGUGGUAGCUGGGAUGGCAGCAGCAGUGCUGGUGUAUUCGGGGCCGGGACCAUGUUGACCGUCCUAGGCCAGCCCAAGGUCGCGCCCACUGUGUUCCUCUUCCCGCCGUCCUCGGAUGAGGUCUCGUCCCAGAGCAAAGCCACCCUGGUGUGUCUGAUCUCAGACUUCUACCCCAGCAAAGUGGAGGUGUCCUGGCUGGCUGAUGACAGCCCCAUCACCAGUGGCGUGGAGACCAGCCUGGCCCAGCGGCAGAGCAACAACCAGUACAUGGCCAGCAGCUACCUGACACUGGGUGCUGAUGAAUGGAAGCAGAAAGAGAAGUAUGUCUGCAAAGUCACACACGAGGCUGGCAACGUGGAGAAGGUCCUGAACAGAUCCCAGUGCUAACCUCGUCAGACUUCCCUGCGCCCCAUGGCCCCUCACCAACCCCCUUCCUCUUCCCCACUGCUGAGGGCAGCAGCUCCCCAUCCCCUACUCUGCAGAUGCCUCUCCCUGUGUCCCCAGGUCCCCUGUUCCAGCCCCUCACCCCAUCCUGAGUGUCACAUCAAUAAACACUGACACUGAA